CGCGCGACGUCAUCGGGGCGCGCCGCGGACGCCGCCGCGGCUGCCGGAAGUUGAGCGGCGACGCCCAGGGAUGGCGGCGGCCACAGGGGCCCCGGGCCUCUCCAAGCUGCAGUUUGCGCCCUUUAGUAGUGCCCUUGAUGUCGGCUUCUGGCACGAGCUGACCCAGAAGAAGCUGAACGAGUAUCGGCUGGAUGAAGCGCCCAGGGACAUCAAGGGCUACUACUACAAUGGGGAUUCUGCCGGGCUGCCGGCUCGCCUGACGUUGGAGUUCAGUGCGUUUGACAUGGCUGCCCCGACGCCAGCCCACUGCUGCCCCGCCGUUGGGACCCUGUACAAUACCAACACCCUCGAGGCGUUCAAGGCUGCAGAUAAGAAGCUGCUCCUGGACCAGGCAGCGAACGAGAUCUGGGAGUCCAUCAAGUCGGGCGCCGCUCUGGAGAACCCCGUCCUCCUCAACAAGUUCCUCCUCUUAACGUUCGCGGACCUAAAGAAGUACCACUUCUACUACUGGUUCUGCUCCCCUGCCCUCUGCCUUCCGGAGAGUGUCCCCCUCAUUCAGGGGCCAGUGGGCCUGGAUCAGAGGUUUUCACCGAAACAGAUCCAAGCCCUGGAGCGCGCGUACGACGGCCUCUGCCAGAGCGAGGGCGUCCCGGCCCUGCCUUACUUCCUGAUCAAGUACGACGACAGCACGGUCCAGGUCUCCUUGCUGAAACACUUUGAUGAUUUCUUCCAAGGUCAAAGGACAAAGAUAACUAUUGGUGUCUAUGAUCCCUGCAACCUGGCCCAGUACCCGGGAUGGCCUUUGAGGAACUUUCUGGUCCUUGCAGCGCACAGAUGGAGUGGCAUUUCCCAGUCCGUGGAAGUCCUCUGCUUCCGGGACCGCACCCUGCAGGGCGUCAGAGGCGUGGCACACAGCAUCGUCUUCGAGGUGAAGCUUCCUGAAAUGGCGUUCAGCCCAGACUGCCCCAAAGCUGUGGGCUGGGAGAAGAACCAGAAGGGGGGCCUGGGCCCGAGGAUGGUGAACCUCAGUGAGUGCAUGGACCCCAAAAGGUUGGCUGAGUCCUCUGUGGACCUGAACCUCAAGCUGAUGUGCUGGAGGUUGGUCCCCACGUUGGACCUGGACAAGGUUGUGUCGGCCAAGUGUCUGCUCCUGGGCGCUGGGACUUUGGGCUGUAAUGUGGCCAGGACGUUGAUGGGCUGGGGCGUCAGACACAUCACGUUCGUGGACAACGCCAAGAUCUCCUACUCCAACCCCGUGAGGCAGCCGCUGUACGAGUUCGAAGACUGCCUGGGGGGCGGCAAGGCCAAAGCGCCGGCCGCUGCACUCCGGCUCCAGAAGAUCUUCCCCGGAGUGAAUGCCAAGGGCUUCAGCAUGAGCAUCCCCAUGCCCGGGCAUCCCGUGAACUUCUCCAACGUGACCCUGGAGCAAGCCCGCAAGGACGUGCAGCAGCUGGAGCGGCUCAUCGAUGACCACGACGUCGUUUUCCUGCUGAUGGACACGAGGGAGAGCCGGUGGCUCCCGGCCGUCAUCGCCGCGAGCAAGAGGAAGCUGGUCAUCAACGCGGCCCUCGGCUUUGACACGUUUGUGGUCAUGCGGCAUGGCCUGAAGAAGCCUAAGCAUCAGGGGGCCGGUGACCUGUGCCCCAGCCACCCCACGGGCCCUGCCGACCUGGGCUCCUCACUCUUCGCCAACAUCCCCGGCCACAAACUCGGCUGCUACUUCUGCAAUGAUGUGGUGGCACCAGGAGAUUCCACCAGGGACCGGACCUUGGACCAGCAGUGUACCGUGAGCCGGCCGGGACUGGCCAUGAUCGCCGGCGCCCUGGCCGUGGAGCUCAUGGUCUCCGUGCUGCAGCACCCAGAAGGGGGCUACGCCGUGGCUAGUAGCAGUGAUGACCGCAUGAACGAGCCCCCGACUUCCCUGGGGCUGGUGCCACACCAGAUCCGCGGGUUCCUGUCACGCUUUGAUAACGUCCUUCCCGUCAGCCUGGCCUUUGACAAGUGCACGGCCUGUUCUCCCAAAGUUCUCGAUCAAUAUGAGCGAGACGGAUUCAGCUUCUUAGCCAAGGUGUUCAACUCUUCACAUUCCUUCUUAGAAGACUUGACCGGCCUCACGCUGCUGCAUCAGGAGACUCAGGCCGCAGAGAUCUGGGACAUGAGCGAUGACGAGACCAUCUGAUUGUGGCCCCCACUUCGCCCUGCCGAGGGGACCCCCACCACCCGGGCCCCCGUGAGCCCCGAUGCCUUGGUCCCCCUGCGCCUCCCGGGAGCUCCCGGCCUCUCCCGUCUCACCGCCCGGUCCCACCCGAGUCUGCGCACAAUAAUCUUGGCUUUGG